AUGGCAAUGCAUGAGCAAUGGAUGGCUAAGCAUGGGCGUAUAUAUAAAAGUUCUGAGGAUAAAGAAUAUCGUCUUAAGAUAUUCGCAGAAAACCUAGACUUCAUAAGGUCCUUCAAUAACAACGGUACGCGGUCUUACAAGCUAGCCAUCAAUAGGUUUGCAGAAAUGACCAACGAAGAGUUCAAGGCUUUUCAAACCGGAUUUUCAAAGCCAUUAGAAGCACCAGAUAAUUCAUCAUUUCGAUAUGCAAAUGUGACUGAUGUUCCUCCUAGCAUGGACUGGAGAAGCAAAGGUGCUGUUUCUCCUAUCAAGAAUCAAGGAAGAUGUGGAUCAUGCUGGGCGUUCGCCGCAGUGGCGGCAAUAGAAGGCAUUAUCCAAAUCAAAGAAAAUAUAUUGGUCUCACUCUCUGAACAAGAGAUUCUUGCCUGUGAUCAAGGAAACAAUGGCUGCGCAGGAGGAUUCGCCUAUGAAGCAUUCAAGUAUGUACUCGACAAUGGAGGUCUUAUUACAGAAGAUGACUAUCCUUAUGAAAAAGCUAAUGGCACUUGCAAAACUGUGAAAGGAGGAGAAGGGGGUUCAAAUUAUAAAGCUAAGAUUAAUGGUCGUGAGAGAGUUCCUGCCAAUAAUGAGAGUGAACUUGUCAAGGCUGUGGUCAAUCAACCAGUUGUUUUCGCCAUUGAUUCAACUGGACGUAAUUUCCAGUUUUAUGCUGGAGGAAUAUUCACUGGUGGAUGUGGAACUGUGUUAGACCAUGAAGUCACUGCUGUUGGUUAUGGAGAGGAUGAAUAUGGAACUAAGUUUUGGAUUCUGAAAAAUUCAUGGGGAAUCGGAUGGGGAGAGAUGGGGUACAUGAGAUUGCUGCGCAAUGUUAAGCCUCAAGAAGGAUUGUGUGGCAUUGCAAUGGAUCCCUCUUUCCCAACCAUAUGA